UCUUCAGGCUCUCAUGGGGGCAGCUUCGGUUCUUCUGGUUCUGGAAGCGGUUCAGGCAGUGGGGGAGUCCUUGUGACAGGAGUCAUAAGCGGCCUUGUGACCGGCGUCCGCCCGACGUCAGGAGGCUUCGGCUCGGGAGGGAACUUAGGUUCAGGGGGAUACUACGGCUCUGGAAACUACGGGUCGGGAGGUUUCGGCUCAGGAGGGUUCGGUUCGGGAGGAUUCGGCUCAGGAAACCUUGUGUCUGGAGGAUCGGGAUCUGGAGGCGGCGGCUACGGGGGAGGCAGCAGCAGCUCCUGCAGGUACUGGUGCAGAAGCGGCAACAACCAGUUCUACUGCUGCGAGAACUCCAGUCAGACCGCCAGCAAUAUAGCCGUUCACCCGGGGAGCUGCCCAGCAGUGCGCCCUCUGUGCCCGGGGACGCGAGGUCUGCCGCCCAAGACGUGCAGCAACGAUGGCUCGUGCGGCUGGGCAGACAAAUGCUGCUUCGACAGCUGCCUGAAGCUGCAUGUGUGUAAACCUGCUUUAAGAUGGUGAACCUUCGUUAAAAUUUCAUUAUCAAGCUUUUGAUAAUGACGCAAGAUCCCAGUUCAGAGUUUUAGUCUGAGUUAGUGUAGUUUCAGUAUUAUAUGAGUUAUCGUUUAAUAUUUUUUCCAAU